AAGAAAGCUCGAGCGGUCUGGAGGGCAGCCACGGACCAACAACCAACGAGUAACUGCCAGUAGUGGAUCUCCGCUUGACUCUGCUUUGUUUCCUCGACUGCCCCCUAGACUGAGGGGCAGCAGUCUAUUUAUCGGGAGCCAUGCCUGGGGUUAAACUUAUUUUAUGGGAUCUUUACGUUCCUGCUGGGAGCCUGUGCUGCUUCGGCGUGAAUUAUCGAGAGUAUGGUGGUUGUCACCACAUUUCCAGUCACUACCUACUAGACCUACCUACUCUCUCGGCAUUGGGCUCUAACAGCUGCUAGGAAUUCACGAUAAGGAUCCGACUGCGCUCGCUCCUAACGAAACAGGUCUCUGCUUAAUGCAGAGGAUCUCUUCGGGUGGGCUCCCGCUGGCGAGGGGUGAUGGCCGAAAUGUACUCGGGGCUCCAUGUUGGCCAGGAAUUCGCGUCGCUGGGCGAGUUCAAGGCGGCGAUCCGGAGCAUCUCGGUCGUACAGCACUGGGAGCUCCGGGUAAUGCGCAGCAAUCGAAAGAGCGUGGUUCUGGGCUGUCGAUCGUCGGCCACCUGUUACUUCCGCGUUGUGUGUCGCACGAACAAACACAUGACCUACAUCACCAGCCUGCAGGACCGCCAUAGCUGCCGGCGGACUGCCGCCGUGCCGGACAUGACGCCUGCGCGGUCGGAGGCGUCUCACAUGCGGUUUCUGCUGUCGGAGAUCCCAAGGCUGUUCGAUAUGAGGAACCGGAUCCGGGGACAGGACGUUGUGGAGGCGAUCAAGCGCAGCCAUGGGUACGAUAUCUCAAUGAGACAGGCACAGCGGGCCCUCACCAGGCUACAGCCGAGGCACUCGCCAUCCAUGGAAGCGGAAGAUCGUGAGUAUGAACUCUGUUCGCCGGCGCUACAGGCCAACGAGCCGAUGUUCAACGGUCUGGAAGGUAAUCCGUGGAUGACCAACCAUCAUCGUUCUUCAGCACCACCACCGCCGCCGCCGCCGCAUCCUCCUCCCCCUCCUCUCGGGCAUCGUCCUCUUCUCAACCAGGAGGUUCACCACCCGCAACCGGUCCCAACACAGGAGCAGAUGCCUCUCGAGCAGAGUCUCCGACACAUGAAUGUGCAUCAUUCGGGGUUCGAGCAGCCCGUAACAACAGCGCUGGGCCAAGAAAAUCCCCGGGGGCAACCACAGACAUUGAUCGGCCCCCCUGCCGUAUCGCAGUUGGCCUCAUCCCAUUUCAAAAUCGAGUUCGCCUGCACCACGUGUGGCGCCCUGAACCAGGGUUUCUUUCCCAACCAGGGCAAUGUCACCAGUGGCACUUAUGUGACUCACCAGCCGUUGCCUAACACGAGUGCUCUGCAUGGCAGUUCGCUGCCAAAUGCAGGUAGCGCUGGUCACCCCCUCGCCGCGUACGAGUCUUCUAAUCACCGUGAUCUGCAACCUCUCUGGACCCAGAACACGUUGGAUGUCACAAUCACCUCCACUAUCUCGUGAUUUUGUUUUUCUUUUUCCAGUUCCAUCACUCCAUGUGUUGUGAAAUGGCCUGCAUCCUGGGCCACGGGUCUGCGUUACUCGAUUGAAUCGAAAGACACUGCGGCUAUUAUCCUCGCGGCAUAUAUGAGAUA